CUUUACCGCCUGUAGGCGACAGAGGGGCUGAGCUGGAGGAGCCGCGGCGCUGUGCGAUACCGCCAGCCGCCGGCGCAGACCGAGCCUAUAAAACGCCCACCGCUCUCUACUACACUACAGCGCACAGACAUGUCGUGCCUGCUCGCGCUGCGACGCGUCGUGCCGCGAGGACCUUUCCCACGCGCGCUUCGCUGCGAGGAUGUACACCUGGAUGGGAUUUGAUUGGUCGGCGGCGGGUACGGGAUUUCUGGAGAUGCUGAUGUUGGACGGAUUCUGCUCUCGAGUACUGGAGCGCGCCCGAAGUGACACGCGCUGAGAUAUUCGCCCCACCUGGGAACGGAAAGGGAAGGGCACGCUGACGGGGACGCACGAGGAGGGAGUAUUUUAUGAUUAGAAGAGAGAUUAAAACGGGAAAUAAAAUUGCGCGUCUUGUAAAAUAAAAAAAACGGAAGGAAGAUUUUACAAUUUUUUUAAUUGAUUUUUUUCUUCUUCUUUUUUUUUUUUGCGAUUAUCGGACAGUCUGAUUGGAACUACCACCGGUUUGUCCGCGCGCUCGAGCUUCAAACUCCGCGCUGCGUGGCUGAGCGGCAGGCUGAAGGGGGGACGCGCGAGCAGCCGCUGCGCUCCGGCCGGAGGAGUUCGGACCAACAGCACUUUAGCGCUACUCUGUUUCUGGGGAGCGCUGUCCUUGGUCUUCUGCUUUGGGGUCGAUCUAAACGGGAUCCUCUACUUGCGCGCGCGCCCUGAUAUUGUCCACAGUCCAGUUUGAGGGAUUAGGACCACUGGAAUCACUGGGACCACUGGGAUCAUUGGAAUCGUCCAACUUCUUCUUGAAGAAAAAGGUAGAUGGAGCUGCAGGGGCAGGAGGGCGUGGCCACUCGGCUCUGAGAGCUACCAUCGCUUGGUGUUCCAGCACAUCAUCCCACAACUCUGUCUGCUGCCCAGCCCACAUGUAGCAGCCCACCUCCACGCCUCCGCCGCUCCCUCACCGCCAGGGGGUCUUCAUGAGCUUCUUCAGCCAAUCACAUUCCUCACUGAGUUUCCAGGAGCACUGAGGGAUGGAGCGAUUGAUCUUCUCGCUGCUGGUUCUGGUGGUGUCUGCCUCAGGACAGCUCUGCCCCAAGCGCUGCAUGUGCCAAAACCUGUCACCGUCCCUCGCCAUCCUCUGUGCCAAGACGGGCUUGCUCUUCGUGCCCACGGUCAUCGACCGGCGGACUGUGGAGCUUCGCCUCACCGAGAACUUCAUCACGGCGGUGCGGAGGCGGGACUUUGCCAACAUGACGAGCCUCCUGCACCUCACACUGUCCCGCAACACAAUCAGCCAGAUCAUGCCUUACACCUUCGCUGACCUCAAACGACUGCGGGCGCUGCACUUGGACAGCAACCGCCUCAGCGUGGUCACCGACGACCACUUCCGGGGUCUCACCAACCUUAGGCAUCUUAUUCUUGCCAACAAUCAGCUCCAUAACAUCUCGCCGCAUGCUUUUGAUGACUUCUUGGGGACGCUGGAAGAUCUGGACCUGUCGUACAACAACCUUGUGGACAUCCCGUGGGAAACCAUCGGAAGACUCACCAAUGUAAACACUCUCAAUAUGGACCAUAACCUUAUCGAGCACGUUCCUUUAGGUGUCUUUUCCAACCUGCACAAGCUAGCUCGUCUGGACAUGACGUCCAAUAAACUGAAGAAAAUUCCUCCCGACCCUUUGUUUCUUAGGAUUCCAGUCUAUGCCAAGUCCAAGGGCUCGCCACUGUCUUCGCUGGUUCUUAGCUUUGGAGGAAACCCUCUGCACUGUAACUGUGAGCUCCUCUGGCUGAGGAGGCUAACGAGGGAGGACGAUCUGGAGACUUGCGCCUCGCCUCCAGAUCUUACCGCAAAGUACUUCUGGACAAUCCCCGAGGAAGAGUUCAUCUGUGAUCCACCUGUGAUUACUAGGAGGUCGCCAAAGACCUUCGCGAUGGAAGGCCAGCCCGCCAGCUUGAAAUGCAAAGCCAACGGCGACCCAGACCCGGACAUACACUGGAUCUCUCCGGAGGGUCGCCUGAUCUCCAACACUUCUCGCACUCUCACCUUCAGCAAUGGCAGCCUGGAGAUUAACAUCACCUCUCUGAAGGAUACGGGAGUGUUCACCUGUAUUGCGUCGAAUGCCGCCGGGGAGUCUACGGGCACUGUGGAACUGGUGGUCAACCCGCUUCCUCACCUGGCUAACAGCACCAACCGAGUCCGGGAGCCCGAUCCCGGACCAUCUGAUAUUCUGACGUCUGCCAAGUCCACCUCGUCGUCUACCAAUGACACGAGGACUCAGGAGAAGAAGGCGGUACUUGCGGAGCUUACUGCCAACUCGGCCCUUAUCAGGUGGCCUUCACAACAGCAAUUCCCUGGAAUCAGGAUGUACCAGAUUCAGUACAACAGCACAUCGGACGACACCUUGGUCUACAGGAUGAUCCCGUCCACAAGUCAGGACUUCCUGGUGAGGGACCUGGUGUCGGGGCGAGAGUACGAUCUCUGCGUUCUGGCCGUUUACGAUGACAGCAUGACCUCGCUGACGGCCACGCGGCAGGUGGGCUGCGUCACGUUCGUCACCGACACCGAGUACAGCCAGUGCCAGUCACUCCGCAGCCACUUCCUGGGCGGCACCAUGAUCAUCAUCAUCGGGGGCAUCAUCGUGGCGGCUGUCCUGGUCUUCAUCAUCAUCCUCAUGAUUCGUUAUAAAGUCUACAGCCAGCAGGCGGGAGAGACGGGGAAAGGAAUGGCCAUGACCAACGUUCGCUCGCAGACCAACGGAGGCCAGGCGACCGGACAGGUUCCCCGCUCCACCUCCAAGGUCACGGAGGGGCAGGAGCAGGGGGCGGGGUCAGCAGGUGGCGCGGGGGCACAACCUCCUGCCCUCAAAGACUCUGUAGCCAUGGCUCUGGUGGUGGACUGCGAGAAAGGAAUGGUCAGCUUAGAGCCGAGUAGUGAAGGCGUUAUGUCGCCCACACAGAAGCGCCUCUCCCGGACUUGCGUAGAGGUCAAACGGCGACCUUCGCUGUCCACCAAUGAAGGGACGGCGAUAGUGGACAUAUCGGGAAACACGACAGGCCCGCCGGUCAGCGAGGAGAAGAGGGCUCAGCGGGACUGGAGCGACUUUAAAAUUUGAUGACUCCUUCUGCUGUCCCACGAGAGGCAGCCAUCAACCCUGAAAAAACUCUCUAGGUCACCAGUUAUCAGGGAGAACUGAACGAUGGUAUAAUUUGUCAAAAAAUAAGAAAAAAAAAAUAAAUAAAUAAAAAACCCAGUGGGACCUUCUCCCUCAGAUCACUGUUCACAGCGUAUCCUGGAACUGUCCAGCCAUCUCCACUCAGACAUUUUUGAGGACUUGAUUCACUCUUGCAACAGAAGGAAAUGGAGCACAUGGAUGUUUAGCUGGAUUUUGGAGCGAAUUGCCUUUUUAACCCUGCGGUGGUCAGGACUGUAUAGUGUUGGAUCAGCUGCAGUAUGAAGCAUUAUCUGGAUGCUCUGGGUCUGAGGACGGCUCUUCAAUAGAAGGUAUUUGACUUUUGCCAUGCUUACAGACAUCCAGACUCCGCCCCUCUGAAGGUUUUAGGAAGGAGGUGAAGGAAGCCUCACGUCUGCCACUGUCGUCACCCUGACUGCCUCCCUCUCCUCCUCCUGCUUCCUUCUUAUCUGUCAGUCAUCCUCCAUUCUCCGCCCAGUGAGAACUGAACCGGACUCAAACUCAUCAAUAAACGGUGACAAACAGGUCCACUGGGGAGCACAAGUAUAUUAUUAUUAUUAUAAUUAUGAUUUUAUUUUAUUUGAUUUGAUUUUUUUGGUUGUUGUCACUUUUAUUUAGCAUUUUUUCUUUUGUAAUUGUACAUAAUCAAUUUCAAAUCUUAUAGUUUUGUACAUGUAAUUUUUAUGGUGUGUAAUUUUUUUAUAAAAAAAUAAAAGAGCGGAUUAAUUCUA